AUGUCGACUUGGAGCAGCUUGUCCCAGACACCCAAACCGGCUUCAGGCGAUGAAACUUCAGAUUCGGCACAAAAGAUUGUCGCCGAGACUCAUAAAUUGAACAUUAGUGGGAAUCAAUCGAAGCAGAGGUCCACUACUUCAGCCCCUGUUCAACCCCAACGACCAGUCUCUAAAUUGGAGCAGUCAGAUCCAAGAGAGUUCCAAAUCAAUCAAUUGAGGCGGCGCUACCGCCCACAGGAAGUAAAUGAUAGUCGAGGUUCUACUUUGACGUUUGGGCUGGUACCUUCUGAUCCAGACUUCCCAUUUGAGCUUGAGAGGCUUCAAUGUGUCCUCCAUGUUCCUACUUCGUAUCCCAAGGUGCGGCCCACACUUGCAAUCACAAAUUCUGAAAUGGAAGCUGCAUACCAAGCAAACGUGGUCCGAGGCUUUGAUGAAAUUGUCGAUUUCACUUACCGCACCAAUGGACGGGGAACCCUACUGGGAUGGCUCAAUAGUUUGGACAAAAGACUUGAACCAUUGCUCACAUCUCUGGAUCGUGGACCAACGCUGAAGUUCUUUGCAAAUGUCGGUGAUGGCUCCGCAGCCAAAGAAUCCACCAAGAUUCCGGAAAAGGCCAUUAGCCAGUUGAGCUCGGCUCAAGCUCCUAUUCCAAGACCUAUUGCAUCUGCUAAGCCAGUCCAACCACGGGUUGUCGUACCCAGACACACAGCUGAAGCAAAGGCUACAGCUGAGAAGAGACGAGCUGCCGAAACAAAGCAGCUGGAAGCGCGUCUUGGCAGACUUCCAAUGUUCCAAAAGUUACAAGAUGGCAAGGCUUAUGCCAUUCCCAUCCAGCCAAUCAAAAAGGACCGUCUGCCUCGAUCGCUCCAAGCACUCAAAACUGUGAAGUUAAUUGUGCCACAGCUCUACCCUCUCGAGCACAGCUCAAUUAAGCUGCAGGGAGUUGAAGGCCCAGAAGUGAAAGCCACGGAACUGGGAUUCACUCAGUGGGUUGAACAAACUUCCCAGCUGAGCUUGGUGUCUCAGGUCAACUACCUGGCGAGCAACAUUCAUAAAUUCGCUGAAACACCUUUACCAGAAGAGCAGGAGACUGCCGGGGUCGUGCCUCCUAGUGUUGAAGUGGACGAGUAUGAGGUAGAAGAGGAGCCCGCGAAUCCACCGGUUGCACCCUCAACCCAGGAUGCUGAUGACCGCCCACAUCUUGUUGUCAUCCCUCGGCCACCUGAAUGGUCAGUUCCCGAUUCCCACAGUGGUGCCGAGGGAACAUCAGACGAGUCGAGCUACGAUGAAGAUGAGUAUUCAGAUUCAGAGGGUGACGAAGAAGGCGGCGCGCCCGUUCCGGCAUCAGUGGAUAACAACGCGCCUGGACGCGGCGUCGCGCUUUCAUUCCCAUUCCUGGAGCUCUACGGUAUUGAGCUGCUUGAGCUCACAUGUCUCAAUAUCACCGUCAAAUGCGAAAGGUGUAAGGUGUCGGCCGACAUUAAAAAUGUGCCACAGGUCACCGAUGAGAAGGGCAUGAUGCCAAAGAUGGAGUCGUGCAAAAAGUGUGCUAACAAUAUGAGCGUUGCCUUCCGGAAACAGUUGAUGCACUCUCAUGCUAACCGUGCUGGCUACCUCGAUCUGGACGGCUGUACAAUCGGAGACAUGCUUCUUAGUGACUUCAUUCCAACAUGUUCUGAGUGCUCGACUGCCCAUCCGGCACCGGGUGUACCUGCAGUUCGAGGCGAGAGCGCCAUGUCUAUUUGUCGCCAAUGUCAUCGCAAGAUGGUCUUCAAGAUUCCUGAAGUCAAAUUCCUUUUGGUGGGAAGUGCAGCAUUCACUGCUCGUGGAGCUCUGCCCCUCAAAAGAAAGUCUCGGGAAGUCCUCGGAAUUGUCGCUGGACAAGAGCUUCCACGCCGUGGUCGUUGCCAGCACUAUUCCAAGAGCCAGCGCUGGUUCAGAUUCAGCUGCUGCUCAAAGGUGUUUCCUUGCGAUAAAUGCCACGAUGCAGAGACUGAUCACCCGAAUGAACAUGCGAACCGCAUGAUCUGUGGCUACUGUUCACGGGAGCAAAUCUACAGACCUGAGAACUGCGGUAUCUGCAAAGCGGUCCUCAUCGGGAAGGCAGGUAGUGGGUUCUGGGAGGGCGGAAAGGGAACGAGAAAUCGAGCUUUGAUGAGCCGGAAAGAUCCGAGGAAGUACAAGCGACGUGGAGGAAAUGCUCCCACUUCGAGCUCCUCGAAGCGGAAGUAG